AUGAUCUUCGAUCGGUCCUAUUCGCAUAUUCUCUCCUUCUUCGCCCUCAUCGCUCCCAUACUGGCUCGUCAGCCGUCCGCUCCGGAACCCAUCGCGGCCCCUUUGCGUGAGCUGAAAUGGGGACAACUCAAUUUUCUCCAUACUACGGAUACUCAUGGCUGGCUAGCCGGCCAUCUCCAGGAGCCCUCUUACUCCGCAGACUGGGGUGAUUAUGUCUCCUUCGCCACCCGGAUGCGAGAGAAAGCGGAGGCACAAGGACAGGACUUACUCGUCAUUGAUACGGGUGACAGGGUAGAAGGCAAUGGUCUCUAUGACUCGUCGGAACCGAAGGGUGUCUAUAUCUCGGAAAUUCUGCGGCAACAGCAUAUCGACCUGUUGUCAGCCGGGAAUCAUGAACUGUACAAACAAAACACCUCGGAGGCUGAACUCUUCACUACAGUCCGUAAUUUCCGCGGGAACUACCUAGCAUCUAACAUUGAUAUAAUACAUCCUAUGACCAAAGAGACUGUGCCAUUGGCUCCUCGGUUCAAGAAAUUCACGACCGAGAAGCAAGGUAUCCGUAUCAUUGCUUUUGGCUUUCUUUUCGAUUUCACAAAGAACUACAAUAACACCAUCGUCCAUUCAGUGGAAAAGACUAUUAAAGAAGAUUGGUUUCAGGAAGCUAUUAGGGACAAGGAAGUUGACCUCUUCUUGGUGGUGGGGCACGUUCCUGUUCAUUCCAAGGAAUACGAUGCUGUCUUCAAGGAGAUCCGGAUGAUCCGUUGGGACACACCUAUUCAGUUCUUUGGUGGUCAUUAUCAUAUCCGUGACUUUGCCAGAUAUGACUCUAAAGCGUUUGGGUUAGCAAGCGGUCGGUUUAUGGAGACAAUCGGCUUCAUGUCAAUCGAUGGCCUAACCACUAGCAAACAGCUCGUAAAGCCUGCUUUGACAACCCCAAGCUUCCAUCGAAGAUAUAUAGAUAAUAACCUUUAUUCCUUCUACCACCACACUGGCCUUGACGAGGAAACUUUCCCUACGAAGGUGGGUCGAAAUGUGUCUCGGCUUAUCCAGCAGUCUAGGAGCACUCUUAGGCUCGAUAAGGUACACGGCUGUGCCCCUCGGGAUUUCUGGAUGUCGCGCGUCAAGUAUCCAAGUGAGAAUAGCAUUUACACUUGGCUUGAGCAGCAGGUGCUGCCCAACUCAUUGCACGACAAAUCUCGCGCUGGCAAGCCGGCUCUAGCCAUAGUCAACACUGGCGCCAUUCGCUUUGACAUAUUCAAAGGCCCUUUUACCCAAGACUCGGUAUUCAUAGUGUCUCCUUUCACCAGCGGUUUUCGUUAUCUUAAGGACAUUCCUUACGAGAAGGCCACUUUUAUAGUCGAGAUCUUAAACAAAAUGCCACAGAUUCUGACCGAUGCUGACAACCGAUCCAGCAUCACUUGGGGACUUGCGCCCCCAGAACAGUCAGCUUAUUCCUCUGAUAUAAUAUUUGACGAUAGCCUCGCUCUGAGCUCUACGAAUUACCUCAGAGAUCAGGCGCCGCUGCUGAGCAACGAUCAUUUCGAGCCCAGCAUUAUCCCUGGGUAUAUUACUACAGACGAUGAGGGCGCCGAUGGCGAUGACACAAUUCAUUCGCCCAUCUCGUUCUACCGUGUUCCCAAUUGCAUCCAGGCUCUAAUCUCUCCAAAAGAGUCGGCGGCCCCGGAAACAGUGGAUCUCGUAUAUAUUGAUUUCAUAGAAUCCGACGUGGCUCUAGCAGCCAAAUUUGCGGGGCUGGCUAUAGACAUCACUCAGGACAGUAAUGUGUAUAUGCCGGCUACGACACUAUCGAAUUUGAUCUUGGAUUGGGUCAAGGACAACUGGAGUUGUAAGGAAGUGUGA